AUAAUAUUUCCUGCUUUGUACACAAUGCUGGACAAUCCCGUGAAAACUACCGAGGUCAGCGUGAAGAAUCGGAUCGAUUUGGCGGUGGUUCCGCUGAAAGCAUUAAGUUCCCGGACAUGGGAUUUAUUGGCCGAGCUGUUGAAUCACAAACGAAUUUUCACCUCUGAGGAUGGCUACUUUCGGGAUUGGCGUGGUGUGUUCGAUAUGGUCGGUAUUCCUAAAAACUUUCUACCGCUGGUAUCGACCAAUGCCAACCCAACCCGUCGUUUGCUGGAGCUCUGGCAGAGCGAGAACCAUCAGUGCAAGCUCGAGGCAAACCUUGCCGUGCUGCAGCAUGUGCUCGGAUGCAUCGAUCGGUGGGACAUCCUGGACGAUACAUCUAAAAUGUUUGAGCAAGACGCUGAACAAUUUCUCAUUCGCGAACAAAAAAGGGUAGCAAAGAGCGUGAACGAAACGGAUGAGAAAGUAUCGAACGUAGGUGCGGACAGUGACAUUAUCACGAAGGAUGACACUCCCGACCACAAGCAGCAGUACGAUGCGUUCAUUCUAUACGCCGAUGCGGACAUUGAGUUUGCAUCGAAAAUGGUAGAACGGUUGGAAGCACGAGGGAUGCAACUGUGCCUGAAGGAUCGUGACAUACUCGGCGGAAGCAACUUUGAGCAUGAAGUCAUAUCGCGCCUCAUUUCCGAACGCUGCCGUCGAGUGGUGGUGAUCAUUUCGAAAGCGUUUCUCGAGAGUCCGUUGAACGAUUUCACCGUCACAUUCGCCCAGGCCCUGCAGAUAGAGAAGAAGGAGCGCAAGGUAAUACCGUGCGUGUACGAUCGAUGCGAACUACCGCCCCAUUUACGCUACACCUGCCGGUUGGACUAUCAGCGGUCACAAAAUUUGUACAACUUUUGGGAUAAACUCGCUGACUCAAUACGCGACACGCCACGAAAGGUCGGUGUGGAAAUGAACGUUCGAGAAGCGCCAGAACAGAAGACUGUCAACGAAACAAAAUCCAUCUUACCAAGUGCUCCCCGACCAAUUCCGAAAGUGAUCGUUGAAGAACCUACGCUGGUGGUAAAGAUGCCCAGCCCGAUGGAUCAGGAAAGUCGCUCGGGCAGCUUGAAAAAGUCACACUCAUUUUGGGAUUUAUUUUCAAGCUUUAGUCACAAGAAAGACAAACUAAAUGGCAGCACAACGACGCUCAACAGCAACGAUGCUGUCCCAUCGACCAGUCCGAAGAAAACCAGUUCGUCACCGUUGGCAUUGAUCAGGCGCGAUAAAAAACAAACGAUGGUUGGUAGCGGUGGUUCGUCCGCACCGUCUGAGUGUCCACUGGAACAGCCAACAGAAAAGCCAGCGAAGGCAAAAAAGAAAUGGUACAAACCGAGCAGCCGGAAAGUGGCAACGGCCGUGUGAUGCCACAGCGUGCCUUUAACUUUUACAUGU